UAUGAAGAAAGAAGCUGUGAGACGAUUUCGAAUUGGUCUUAUCAUUCCUUGGAAUGAUACGUUUAACGAUUUUAGCGGUUUUACUAGCGCAAGCGCCGUUUCUAUAGCUAUUGAAAAGGUUCACAGCGAUAAAAGAUUGAAUAGAACAAUGAAAUUUGACGUUGUAACGGUCGAUUCGGGAUGCGAUAGUAAAAUUGCUGCGGGGAAUACACUGAAAUUAUAUAGUGAAGAGAGAGUUGACGUAUUCAUAGGGCCAGCUUGUUCUAGUGCUUGUAGAAGAGUUGCCGAAAUGGCUUCCUAUUGGAAUAAGCCAAUUGUUUCUUGGGUAGCGGCAAGCUCGGAUUUUAACGAAAAAAAAGUAUACAAGACUCUAUCGAGAACUUUGGGACCUUUUAGCAAAAUGGGAAGAUUCAUAAUAGAAUUAUUUCGAUAUUAUAACUGGAAUACAGUUGGUGUUAUAUAUUCUGAUAACUAUAUAUGGCAGGACGCAGCCUUAUCCGUCAUAAGAGCGUUUAGAGAAAGCAAUAUCUCAAUUUCGGUGGAAGAUAAAUAUCCUUUUGAAAUAGCUCCUCUUGCCUAUAUACAAAAAGUUCUAACUUUCAUUAAGAAAGAAGCGAGAAUUGUAAUACUCAUCGGUCCGAGAGAUGAGAGAAGAAGAUUUAUUUUGAACGCCUAUGACCUAGAUAUGACUAAGGGCGACUUCGUCUUCCUUACGAUAGACGUACUACCUCAGGAAGAUAUAAUAGGGCAAACUGAAGUUUGGCAAGGAAAUGAUGGUCGUGACAAAGAUGCGAAACACGCUUUCGAGUCGGUCUUUCACGUGACACUGGCUACCGAAACUACUGACGAAGUUGUCAAUUUUCGAAGAGAGCUUGACAAUAUAGAAAUGGGCGAUAGAUAUUCCACCUUUUUACACGACGCAGUAUUCAUUUACGCAACGGCUAUAAGUGGUACUUUAGCCAAAGGUCUAGAUCCAUAUAAUGGCCAAAAUAUCGCUAGAUUUACAAGAGGAAAGAUAUUUAAAGGCGUCAGCGGUAACGUUAUUCUUGAUGAAAACGGUGACAGAGAACCCGAUUUUUGGGUUAUGGACAUGAACCCAAUCACUGGUAAAUUUGAAAAGAUGGCAGAACUCAUUAAUACUGAAGAAAGAUUAAGAAUCUUUAAGAUACUUUUAAAACCGAGAUGGCCAGGUGGUUAUGUCGGAGACAACUACGCUCCGAGUGAUAUUCCAUCUUGCGGAUUUAAUGGGCUUUUAUGUUCAAAGAAGACAGGGACGAAAUCUGCCGGAAGUUAUCGACAAGAGCAAAUUUUCACCGAAAUUUGCUACUAUAAAGGAACGAGAUGCGCUAUAAAUAGAAUUUCAGAGGAUCAUAUACAAGUAACUAGAACCAUGCUGAUCCAACUUAAAGACUUAAAGGAAAUGGUCCACGAUAACGUUAACGUUUUCAUAGGAGCUUGCUUCGAUUAUCCUAAUAACUGUUUCCUUUGGAGUUAUUGUUCCAAAGGAAGUUUACAAGAUGUUCUCUUAAGCGAAGAGACUCAAUUCGAUAAAACAUUUAAAUUAUCAUUUCUUCUCGAUAUCUCAAAGGGUAUAGAAUUUAUUCAUAAAUCGCAUCUACACUCUCACGGAAAUCUUAGAAGUUCUAAUUGUCUUGUAGAUGGUCGUUGGUCUGUUAAAGUAUCUGACUAUUCAAUGAGCUCAAUUAUAAAAAUUCGACACAAAGAGAUAAUUGAUGAUCACUAUUAUAAAAAGAGCGCCUGGACUGCACCUGAACUUUUAAGAAAUCCAAAUGCUCCUCUAGCUGGCACUACUAGGGCUGAUGCUUAUAGUUUUGGGAUUAUUUGCUACGAAGUAAUUACCAGAAAGGAACCGUACGAUUUCUCUAUUGUUUCACCAAAAGAUGCUAUAAGUCGUGUUAGGAAUGGUGAAAGUAUACCGUUUAGACCAGCCUUGCCGGUUGUUCAUGAAUUGGGUCAGGAGUUACUAUCGUUAACUCUUCAGAGUUGGGAUGAAGACGAAAUGAAAAGGCCUGCAUUUACAAAGAUUAAGAAUACGCUAUUAAAGAUCGCUGGAGGAGAAAUAAAUAUCAUUGAUAGUGUUAUUAAAAUGGCCGAGAAUUAUGCAUUCAAUUUGGAAGAGCUUAUUGAAGAGAGAACAAAUACAUUUAUAGAAGAACAAAAGAAAACCGAUACGCUAUUGUACAAGAUGCUCCCAGCGUCCGUUGCUGAUCAAUUAAAAGCUGGAAAGUUUGUUUCUCCAGAAAGUUACGAACAGGCCACCGUUUUCUUUUCGACGUUAGUUGGCUUCAAUAUACUCUUGGCUGAGAGUACUCCUAUACAGGCAACCUGUUUGAAUGACCUUUACAUAAUAUUCGACGAGGUUAUACAGAAACACGACGUAUUUAAAGUAGAAACUAUUGGAGAUGCCUAUAUGGUAUCUAGUGGUGUUCCAACAAGAAUUGGUGCCCGUCACGUAAUUGAAGGAGCCAACGUAGCUCUCGAUUUGCUAUCGGCAUCUACUAUCUUUCAAGUUGCUCACAAACCAAAAUUAAAGCUUCAACUAAGAAUAGGUUUUUAUAAUUUAUUCAUAAUUUAUUCGUCUCUUAUUCAUAGAGUGGUUAUCGGUUAG